AUGAUCAAUAUAGGCGAGGUCAAAUUGAACGGCACAACUGUUGACCAGAACGGCAUGAAAUCGGUGUCGGCUUACGUGCAACAGAACGACCUCUUUAUCGGCAAACUGACGGUCAGAGAACACAUGCGCUUUCAGGCGCGCCUUCGUAUGCAUCGGUCGACUACCGCAGAGGCGCGCGAGUGUCGGGUCGAUGAAGUCCUACGAGAUUUAGGCCUACAGAAGUGCGCCGACACUCGGAUCGGCGCUCCGGACGAAGAGACCGGCAUUUCCGGCGGAGAGAGAAAGAGAUUAGCCGUCGCUUCGGAAUUAUUAACAAAUCCGUCGAUACUAUUCCUCGACGAACCGACGUCUGGUUUGGACUCAUUUAUGGCCAAAAAUUUAGUGGAAAUGUUGCUAAAUAUGGCCCAAACCGGGCGCACA